UCCUCCCCUGCCUUCAUUAGUGCGUCCCAAUUUAUUGUCGGCUUUCAUACUUGUCUUCAGCCCCGCCAUCGAUCCCCGAGCCGCUUGCGACGCUGCCUCAAGACAGAGGCCAACAGGCUUUGCCACCCAGCCGCUGAGUCAAGCCGGGCAGAGAGCUUUGCAGUUGUAAUGUAUAGUAACCAAUACUCCUUAGUUAUAGCUGUCGUACUUUACAAUGUCUGCAUUGCUGUAGAAUAUCAAAGAAUAUUACUUAUCAAUUACUUAGCAUUACUAGGCUUACUUAGCGAGUACUCUCCCCUCGUUUGCUCCACUAUAAUCUACAUAAUCUUUGUGUGCAGUAUGCAUAUGAGUAGUCUACACAGAUAUUACGAGUUCACAUUCACUCAUCUGCAUGCAUUGAUACAACUCAUUUUU